AAAAAGGGGAAGAAAAAGGGCGCGAGCGAAAAUCUGGGAUUGUUAGAUUUGUUCCCAGGCUUCGAGGAGAGAGAUUUUUUCCUUCAGAAAUUCCGAUCGAAGAGUUGAAGCAGGCGGCGAAAGAUUAGGUAUGUUGCUGGCUGUGCUGAUUGCCAACUCCGUCGGCAACAUUCUCGUUGAACGGUUCCAUGGAGUUCCGGCAGAGGAGCGAUUGCAUUGGCGAUCCUUUCUAGUGAAACUAGGAGCAGAUAAUCUCAAAGGUGCAAAAAAUGAAGAGCUCUUUGUUGCUUCACACAAGUCUGUAUAUAUUGUUUACACCGUGCUUGGCGAUGUUGCAGUUUAUGUUGUUGGGAAGGAUGAAUAUGAUGAAUUAGCUUUGGCAGAAGUGAUCUUUGUAGUAACGUCAUCAAUAAAGGAUGCCUGUGGCAAAGCUCCAACUGAGCGCUCGUUUCUCGACAAAUAUGGAAAGAUUUGUUUGUGUCUUGAUGAAAUUGUCUGGACGGGCAUCUUGGAGAACACGGAGAAAGACAGGAUCAAGAGGCUGAUAAGGUUAAAGCCUCCCAAUGAGGUUUGAUUAAUGAAACGGCUGCAUCAACUAAUGCCAACAUUCGUUUCAGCUCUGUGGAAUAAUCAUCUUGAUUGAUAAGUUUACUCUACUACCCUAUUCUAUUUGGCUUUCAUAUUAUUCUUUAUCGAACUUGUUCGGUUUUUAAGUUCGAACUCAAAGCUGUGAUGAAUUGGAGAAAUUGUUUGGAUUAAGAUUUUAAUGCGGGUAGGAAGCUUGAGAAUACAGACUACAUUUGCAUGUUCGUUCUCCUA